GUGCUGAUCGCGAUGCGGGUUUGCCGGCAGAGCCCGGACGGGCGGCGGCGGCGGCUGUCGGUGUGCGGAUGCGAGUGGCGGCGGGCGGGCGGCGGGGCCGCGCCCGGCGAUGAGGCACGAGGCGCCCAUGCAGGGCCAAAUUGUACUGAAGAGAGAACUCAAUGUGUUUUGUUGGAAGUGAUGCUUGUUUAAUAUAUCCAUUUAAUAUUUGAGAAAAGAACUUUGUCAAAAUAAAGAUGUCAUCCGUUCAAGAUUCCAAAUAUGGCCAGAAAGAUACAUCUGACCAGAACUUUGAUUACAUGUUCAAACUGCUUAUUAUCGGCAGCAGCAGUGUUGGGAAAACCUCAUUUUUGUUUCGAUAUGCUGAUGAUUCCUUUACGUCUGCAUUUGUAAGCACGGUUGGGAUCGAUUUCAAAGUAAAAACAGUUUUCAAAAAUGAAAAAAGAAUUAAGCUCCAGAUUUGGGACACAGCAGGACAGGAGAGAUACAGAACAAUUACCACAGCUUACUACCGGGGUGCAAUGGGCUUCAUUUUAAUGUAUGACAUCACAAAUGAAGACUCUUUCAAUGCUGUGCAGGAUUGGUCAACUCAAAUCAAAACAUACUCUUGGGAUAAUGCCCAGGUUAUUUUGGUUGGCAACAAAUGUGACAUGGAGGAUGAACGGGUAAUCUUCACUGAGAGGGGCAAACAUUUAGCAGAGCAACUUGGGUUUGAAUUUUUUGAAACAAGUGCCAAGGAAAACAUUAAUGUCAAGCAGACAUUUGAGCGACUUGUGGAUAUCAUCUGUGACAAAAUGUCAGAAAGUCUGGAGAUGAAUCCCACCACAACCAGCAACCACAAUACACGGCUAAAGGACACCCCUGCUCCACAGCAGCCCAACUGCAGCUGUUAAUGCAGCUAUCAGCAAAGGCUCCAGUGUGUUCCAUUGCCAACAGAGUUUUUCAGAGUGUUUAUGAAUAGUCUAUAUGCCUUUAUUUUUACUGUCUUAUUAAUUUAUUUGGGAAAACAGUCUCAUUUUAUGUCAGCAGCAGUUUGAGUAUGUGUAUGGAGAUGGAGCAAUUAUUAGUCUGAAAGGAUGAUCCAUAUUUUAGCAUCUGGCUUUUGCAUGCAGGUUGGCUAUUAAUUUCUCUUUUCCUUUUACUGUUUUACAUAACAAUUACUUCAGCUGGUGCCAUGUCCUCAGACCACAUUUGCCUAGAAUUGUCUCUCACUUCAUCACUUUCAAGUUAUAUAAUCAAAUCCAUAGGGUAGUGGCCAGGGUGUUUUAGAAUAAGCCUCCUGAUGCCACUUAUAUAUUCUCCUGACUGAAAAUUAAUUUAGAAGUAUCCUUGUAGUGAGACAAUCCCUCAUUCUGUCCAGGUCAUUUGUAUAAGGGACACUUCCUGGAGCACAUUACCUUGGCAAAUCUACACUCAUUAUGUUACACAUCCUGGUUGACUGGAAACUGCAGAAGUUAGAAAGAAGUUAGUUCCUGGACCCAAAGCCACCAAAAUUCUCUGUGAAUUUCCAUUUGGAUGGUAAUCAGUCGAGACCCUCAGAGAUAAUAGGUACUUUAUCCUGUCUGGAUAGCUAGUGUGUUUACUUUUCUGUAGGAGCUGCAUUUCUAUCUAAUAACUUUCUGAAACUAGACUUAAUUUCUCAUUCCAUCAUUAUGGAGAUCCUCUAUAGUGGAUGGCUGGUUAACUCUUUCCAUUUCUACCCAUGUGAGAUAUUAACCACUCUAUAUUAUCCCUGACAGAGCCAAAUCCAUUGUGCUUGGUUGUUCAUAGCCAAAAAUUUCCUUAUCAUGUUGCUGUCAAACCUCCAUGCUUUGAUUUUCAGGAAUUUAAUCUCCCAUUCAGUCACUGAGACAGCCACCACUGGCUACAAACACUUGUAUUUUACUUAGACCUAUUGCAGAAGUGCUGAUGGUGUCAGUGAACUGAAGUUUGACCUCACUUUUUCCAUCUAUUUUGGCAAGAGAAUUGGAAUUUUUAAAAGUUUAGGAGUAAUAAAAAAUUGUCAAGAACAUUUCUAGUCUUACGCUGAAUACAUUAAUAAGAUGAGCAAAAGGCUGUGAAGAUAGCAAAAUAAAGUACACAAAUUAUUUUUAAUAAAGUGUUAAAAUAGUCAUAUUUCACAGUUUUUACUCCUUUAAGUAAUUGCUUACAUCUGUGCCCUGGGGUACUUUGUACAACUGCUUUACUUGCAUUACAAUGACAUUUUUUAACUAAACAUAAUUGAAGAGGCAUUGCCUAUUUUAUUAUUCCAGUUAGACAGAAUUUAGGACAAGGCUGACAUUUCUUAAACCAUCUGCAGAGGGAAAAUGAAAACAUAUAAAAAACCCCAGAAGUAACACAUGGUACUUGAAAUGGCUCACAACUGCAAAGAAAUCCCUCUACACACUUUAUGUUAUUUGAAGGUAGUUUAUGUAACUCCUGAUACACAAUAAGAGAAAAUGGUCCCUUUUUUCUAACUGAUUAAAUAAUCUACAUACACUUUUACAGAGUAAAAAUUCCCCCCAAACAAGGCAUAUAGACACAUGUAAAAUGGGUAUGCCAUGAGGGUGCCCACAUUGGCUGCAUAACGUAAAUGAGUAAAAGUUCUCUGUUCAGUCUGAGGUUUUACACCUGUUAGCUAGUUUACUUAAGCACUUUUUUCCUAGUAGACUUAGAGACCAUGAAGAGAAAGCACUAUCCUUUUUAGGGCCAAUGAGCAGUCAGGUGGAAGAGGCACGUGCUAUCCAAACCACAGUCCUGUCUCUCUCUGGGGUACUGCUUUUCCCUCCUUCCUCUAAGGCAGUGUGUUGCUAACUGUCCUGAGAGACUUUCAUUAGUACCUCUUUACCCACUAGGUACCAGCUGAUUUGAAAAAAAGGAAACAAUGCAAAGUUGAAGAAGCUUAGUUUGAAACAGUGGGCAGUUUUCCAUGCUUUUAUUGUUAAUGUACAGUUAUUCCUGCUGGAGAAAAAGGAUCAGGAAAGCCUUGAGACAGAAUUCAGCUUCAGGUCUCAAGUGAUUUAGAAAAAUUUUAGGUUGUAUUAUUAGUCUGAACCAUCUUAGGCAAGGUGAGGAGAGAGAAGGACAUAAUCACAUCAUCCAUAUGGGCAUAUCCUGCAGAUGGCUAAAAGCACAAGUAUUCUUCCAGCUUUGCUCUGGGAUGCUUGCUGCAAAACUGUCAUCUCCUGUGCACAAUGAAACAAGGAAAAAAAGACUUCAAGAUGCCCCUUACUACAGCCACAGAUGCUUGUAUUCCAUUGCAACGAAUUUAAGACCCUCCCUACCUCAGUAUAACGAUGUAGACUCUAAUGGUGGAAAUACAUUAUUAGCAUAUAUCUUUUUAAAAAAUUUGAGUGGUAGAUAAAGAGUUCUUUACAUAAAUGGGAUUAAUUAAUUGCUUUUCAUUUCGCAUGGGCAGAAGAGUAACAGCAAAAUCAGAGGGAGAAUCUCUGCUUCAUGUUUCUGAGACAACUAAUCUCCCAGGCCUCCAGGCUGUUUGCCUUUCUGCAUGGGAUGGGGAGGAAGGGGGAAGCAGCUGCCAGAGUAAUGUUGUUCCUUAGAGUACCAAAAAUGUCUUAAAAGUUAAAAACUCAUCUAAAGUACAGCAGCAGAACCAGUCAGUAUUUGAAAUCUAGGAAUUUUGUGUUGACAGGCAGACACUUUGGUGAAGUUCAGAAUUAGAUUAAUUUUUUAAAUUUUCUACUUGGAGUUUUUCAAAAUUAGACUGUUUAAACCCUAGGCAAACUGCUCAGACUUCUCAGUUGAUACUGUUUUGAGUAGAAGGCUGGGAGGUAUGACCUGCUGAAGUCCCAUCAAAUCCAAUUUAUGCUAUCAUGACUUUCUCUGAAAUUGAAAAUGGGUGGAAGUUCAAGUAAACCUUUUCUUAACAAUUUGGGUUACCUACUAUUGGAAAAGUAGGUUUUGAUUUUCCAUCACAGGUUGGCUUUUGCAGCCACAUGCUUUACAGAAAUAUUGAGUUUUCUGCUAUAAAAUUUGGUCACAUAUAGAUCAUGAGCAUUAUGAUCUCAGCACCUCUCUCAGCUGGAACUUGCCUAUUGUAGAGAAACAAUAAUGACAGAAAAGCUUUUGAAAAGUAACUUUCUAUACCUUCCCCAAACAUUUUAAGAAUUCUGAGGGGACUAGCAGUAUUGGAAUUUUUAUUCUAUUUAAAAUUAUGCCUUGGCUUGUUAUAGGAUAGGGCAUCCAAAAGCAGUCUGUGUCAGUCUGGCUUGGAUCCUCUUGACUUAUGUGGUAGUACUGCAGUUUUUCUUAAAUUUGAGUAGGCUGAACAUUUUGGGAAAACCAAUCACAACUUGAUCAAGGGCCUAAAUUUAAGCAAUCAAUGUCUUGUUCUUCACACAUUUCUAAUAAUCACGGACUAUGAGUUGCUGGAAGAGAAAACCAGGAUUUUAUUAUAUCCUUGAUCUAUCCACUAGCGUAGCGAAUUCCAUCUAGAGCAAUUACCAGGCUACAAAGCACCAUAUUUUAGUGAUGGAAGAGGGGCUGGAUUAUUAAACUGAAGCCUGGGAAAGCAGAUCCCAAACUACUUUCAGCCUCAUCACAAAUCUUGGUGAAAAAGUACUUGCACACCUUGCACCAAUUUGUUGUCACUCUCAGCACAGAAAUAUAACUGAAUGUCACAGCCUAAUCACAAGAUACCCCCUUCAGCUGAGAUUUAUCCAUCUGGUGAGAUACAGCAGUUGACACACAGAGCAUGUUAAAUUUCUGAGAGAUUAGAUGCCUUAGGACAGAGAGUCCUGAGAUCCAUAGUGCCAGCUGAACUAAUACGAUACAACCCAUUUUCCAAGUUAUGAUCUAGAUUAAAGCUUAUAGAAGCAGGCUAAUUUUGCGCAUGGCACCAGCCUUAUCAUGCUCUGAUAGAGUGUUGCUUGUUGUACCUUCAAACUAGUACUCAGAAAAUGUCUUGGGAGCACACAGGAGCAUGGGAUUGAGUGGUUCCUGCAGUGUCUCCUGGUACCAGCCUGCUGAACAGCUACCAAGCCCUGCUGGGUUGAACCUUCAGACGCAUGUUUUUGUUUCUUUUAAGAGUUCAUGUUCACAAGGUCUAAGUGCAACUAACUUAAUGCUGUAUUUUUUAUUUUUAUUGUUCGUGAGUAGACCAAUUUAUUUAGACUUUAAUAAUACUUGUUCAUUUGCUGGUUUAAGUGCAUAUGAACUAGCCUGAUUUUCUGUCAAAAAAUACUCUUUCUCUCUGAA